AUCAACAAGACGCCAUUAAUGGUCAUGUUAAAGUAAUUAGAAGUGGUGUCAAAAUACGCAAUUAUGUUAAUUUCAUAACGAUUAUGCAAUUUAUUAUUUAAAACCUGUCUGCUGUCAGAGAACUUUUUUUUAAGAGCUUGUCGUUGAUUUAUCAGAACUGUCAAAAUGAGUCGACUGUAUGACACUGUGGAGCCCUCUGUGAUUGAUGAGGAAAUGCUCCAGGCGGCAGUUGAGGAACAAGGACCCAAAGAUGAAGCAGGAAAGAUAGCCAAAAUGGAAGGAAUUGAUUUUGUAGAGGUGACAUCACUGAGGCUUGACUUUAAAAAUAUUUUGAAGAUAGAUAAUUUAUGGGAAUUUACAAGUCUGGUAAAACUGCAGCUAGAUAAUAACAUUAUUGAGAAGAUUGAAGGUUUAGAUCUACUGGUCAACAUUGUUUGGCUUGAUUUAUCAUUCAACAACAUUGAGGCCAUUCAGGGUUUGGACAAGCUGACGAAGUUGGAGGACCUCACUCUGUAUAACAACCGGAUCUCUUGUGUGGAGAACAUGGAUUUGCUGGUCAACCUUCACAUCUUCUCUGUUGGCAACAACAACCUCAAAGAACUCGAAAAGGAUUUGGGCUAUCUGCGGAGGUUCAAGAAGCUGAAGACGCUGAACAUGAGUGGCAAUCAGUUUGAGGAGAUGGAGUUAUACAAGAUGAAAGUUAUUGCUUAUCUACCCAACCUCGAAUUUCUCGACUAUCGGCUCAUUGAUGAACAGUCCAGGAAUGCCGCAUAUGAGAAAUAUCAAUUAGGCAUGGAAGAACGCCUGGAUAAUGAUAGAAAAGACGAAGCGCGCAUGCAAAGACAACAGAGAGAGUCUAAGGAACUUGAACUGCACAAGGCUGCCUAUGUGGAGCAUUUGAAUGAUUCCAGCCUCUUUGACAGCAUGUAUGCCGAGGAUUCUGAAGGACAGAAGCUCAACACAAUGCCUCAGGUUAAAGAGAUGGUUGACGAUUUUGAAAAGAAGUUUAAUGCUGUGUGUGUGGAAAUCUUUAAAUACGGUCUAAAAGAGAACGACAAGAGAAAGGAAGAGGUCAGUAGUUUCUGGGAGUGUGUGGAGGAGGCCAAGUCAGAAAACAAGACCACUGGUAUGAAGAUGAUCGACACGUUUAUGGACGAAAAGAAGAAGGUGUUUGAGCAGAUCUUGCACUUGUCGGAAACGACUCUGGAGUCUGUGUUAAAUGUCUAUCAACAGAAGAUCUCGGACCUGUGGGACAAUCUGAUGGGAUUGGAGCUACAAUUGGUGGACCAGCUAGAGGAAGUGAUCAAGGACUUUGAGAGGAACAUGCAGGACUUGGUAUCAAGCUUCAUCGAGAACGUGCAGGGAUAUUUGACCCAGUGUCGUGACCUUGAGAACCUCCACCACGAGAGCAUGAUGGAGAUGGCCAUCAUAACUCUGGAGAAGGUCAUCAAAAAUGAGGUCGACGAAAAGGAAGUGCCAGAAGAUAUCAGAAUUCUGUUUGUGGAUAAAGACACCAUUAACAAUGCAGUGACCUCUUCCCACGAUGUGCACCUUUUAAAAAUAGACAACAAGGAAGAUGACAUAGUGACGCGGGUCAACCAGUGGCUGAAAAACAUGAUUGAGAAAAUCCAUGAGGAGGAGGAAAUCCGCCGCAACCGGAUGAGGGUGGCUGAGAUCAACCAUCUCAUUGAUCACCUGCGCGAGGAGAUCGACCUCCUGGAUCUAGGUGCAGGUGCAGGCGGACAGUACUGAUUCGGACAUGUCUUUUAAAAAAUAUAUUAAAUGGAACACUGACAAAAGAUUUUAGUUUUUGUGUGUCCAGUGACAAUGAAGCCAAAAGGGUGAAAGGAAACAAAAUUGUAAUGACACAGAAGCAGGACAUAUAACACACUUUAACAGGUCUGCCACUGAAUAUUGAUGAUGAUGAUGAUGAUGACAAAAUUUAAAAAGACAAGAAACUUACAUACAGAUAUUCAAAUGAAAUGUUAAACAUUUAAUCAGUAUUGGCUGUUCUGGUCUUACUAUCACGUAAAAAGAUGAUAAUGUAAAAUCAUAUGCCUAAACAAUAUGACAAUAUAAUUAAUGUUUUAUGAAUUUGUGAAAAAAAAAGUCUUUUAAAGUUUCAAAUACCAUUUUGAAAAACAAAUUCAAAUUCGAAAUUACUCUUUUGUUCUAAAUGCUUGGAUUGGUCGAACUGACAUCAUGUGACUAAAAGUAGUACAUGUAUAUCAGAACUGAUAAGCAAAGACUACUUCAUGCUACUGCUCCAUUCAUAUGGUGGUUAUAGUGAUCCUGUGUGGUACACUUCAAUGAACAUCAGAAAUGUUCUUAUAAUGUCAGUAUUUUCAACAAGAUGGUUUUAGUGGGAAGAGAGACUAUCCUGAGUUCGUUGCCAUUCUAA